AUGGGAUUCGUCGUCCAGCUUGGCUACUGGAAGACACAUCGUACACUUAUAAAGGCGCAUGAGUAUGUUAGGGAUACACCUGAAAGUGGAUACGCUGAAUUACCUUUAAAUAGUGUAAUUCCUGAUGAUGAAGAGCUUGCACUGAUAUCUGACCGGCAUAAAUCUAUUGGUAAAGCUAUCGCUAAAGUGUACCCCCUGGCAAGUCGAGGAAUCUGCACUUAUCAUCUUCACAAGAAUAUUAUCCUGAGAUUUAGUGGGAGCGAAAUAUUCCGGCUGGUAAAAAAAGCAGCUGCAGCGUACCGUGUAGUUGAUUUCGAAGAAAUCUUCCAGCAAAUUCAAAAAGCGAAUCCGCAACUGCAUGCUUACUUGGUGCAUGCAGAUGUAUCCAAGUGGAGCAGGGCGCACUUUCGUGGUGAUAGGUACAACUUCACCACGAGCAACAUUGCAGAAUCGCUAAACAAAGUACUGAAUCCUGCGAGAGCCUAUCCCAUUGUAGAGUUAUUAGAAGCGGUUCAGAAUAUGUUGACACGUUGGUUUGCUACAAGGAGAAAACAAGCAGCCGCAAUGCCAACUUUACACACCAAAGGAGUGGAGAACCUGUUACAGGCACGUAUUGAACAUUCAAGGCGUCUAAGGGUUCAAGAAAUUGAUGAAGAUCGAUUUCAAGUAAGUUGUGGUACCUCAACGCAUGUUGUCAAUCUGAGAGACAGCCUCUGCAGUGGUUAUGCGGAGUCGAUAAUGCCGAUAGAUACAUCCUGCAUCGUUCCUACUGAUGUUACACCGUCCAGAUGUAAACCGCCUUUCGUUAGAAAUCCUCCAGGAAGGCCAAAGAUGUCCAGGAUGAAGUCUUUUGUCGAGGUUGCGUUGGAGACGAAGCGGCCCCGCAAACAGCAUGCUUGUUCUCAGUGUCAACAGGUUGGCCACAACCGUACAACAUGUCCAGCUAAUACGUAG